AUGUUCACAUGCUUCUCCUCAGCCAGGUAGAUAGCUCUGGGCUUAACCUAAUGAGAGCUUCUGUCAUCAUCCUCUUUAUCCCACAAGAUAUUGGUUGGACUGCCAUUCAAGAAGAACAGAUGAUUGGUCGUGCCCAUUGUCAUGGGCAAAAGGAAACCGUUUACGUCUUUUGCCUUAUCGCGACAGACACUAUUGAUGUCUUGAUGGCUCAACACUCUGGUUCAAAAGCCCAGCAGCUUCAGCAUUUCUUCAAGAAGCCUGAUUUUAAUGUCUGUCGAAACAGGAAGGCAUUCCAGCUGCUGUACAAUUGUGAUGUACCAGCAGAUGCUCCUGCUGCAGCUGAUGGAGAAAGCGAUAAUGAUGAUGACCAGAGCACCCAGAAAAGUGCCGUUGAACAGCCUCCUGCAAAAAAAUGCAAGACGAAUGGCAAGAAAAUGGCGAAAACAAAGGAAGUAGAUGUCAUCGAUGAAUCCCGCUGUCAUUGUAAAGUGCCAAAGAAGGUGCCAGAGGAUGGAAACAGGGAGGGAGCUCCUGCCACCAAGGUACAGAAGAUGAUGCAGAGAGGAUCCAUAGAUGAGGCUGGACUGUCGAAGGCUGGACCAUUGAAUACCCAGUCAAAGCCCAAGCCCAAGCCCAAGCCCAAGCCCAAGCCUAUCACAAAGCCAGCACCGAGCGCACCACAGAAUCCCAUCGAGGAGGGUAAUGCACAACCCACUCAAUGUGAAUCUCAGCCCUCAGCCCCCUCUGCUCCAUCAUCCCCUCUUCCUCAUCCUGUCGUCCCUUCCUCCACCCCUGUAGUUAUACCACCACCAGGGCGCGGAAUGACUGCCAUCACUGCCCCCUCCAGCAAUAUUAUCUCGACACCAGAUGCUAAUAAACCAAUUAGCAAUGACGAGAUAGAAAGCUAUGGGGGCACUGCUAGUGGCAGUGCUUCACAACCUCUCGACGAUCUUCUUGACUUCAAUGACCUAACUCCUCUGUCUUCCAAUGCCCCCUCGUCUCCGUCAACACCAACCCCAUUGCCUGGCAGGAAGAAGUCCAUUUCAACUGCACCAACAGAGAAGAGGAACGAGAGGAAUGUCAAGGACACGAUCUCAAGCAGCCAGGUCAAAGGAUACUGCUAA